CGGCCGCCGUUGGGCGCUCAGCUGGUGAGAAGCGGAACGAGCAGUCGCUAUGGCGGGCGAACUCGAGAGUUCCAAGCCCCUGAGCGGCCUGCUGAGCGGCCUGGCCCAAAGCACCUUCCAUGGGCACCCAGGUAUCACGGAGGAGUUGCUGCGGAGUCAGCUUUACCCGGAGGUACCUCCUGAGGAAUUCCGCCCCUUCUUGGAGAAGAUGCGGGGGUUCUUGAAGUCUAUUGCAUCAGCAGACAUGGAUUCCAACCAACUAGAGGCAUACCUGACUGCUCAAACCAAAAAGCAAGGUGGAAUUACAGCUGAUCAAGCAGCAGUCAUUUCCAAAUUCUGGAAAAACCACAAGACAAAAAUCAAGGAGAGUCUAAUCAAUCAAAGUCGAUGGGAAAACAGUCUGAAAGCCAUGAACUGGAGAGUAGAUUUGAAGUCUCAGUCAAAACACCUCGACCAAAUUAAUGCUCCUGUUGCUAUUGUGGAACUAGAACUGGGAAAAAGUGGACAGGAAUCUGAAUAUCUCUGUCUGGAGUUUGAUGAAGUCAAGCUCAACCAAACCCUGAAGAAGCUCACAGAGGUAGAGGACAGUAUCAACACCAUGACAAACCCAGCCUAACCAUGGAGGAGCCACCACUGAGUUCUAACCAUUUAUGCCGUUUUCUGUAUGACAUUCCACUGCAUUAAAUUCUCAAAAUAUAA